AUUGUGAAAAGGAAACCUCAUCAAAUGCGUGGAUUUAUGUCUUGCUGGGGAAUGUACUACGUGGAAUUGGUGAAACGCCAAUAACCCCACUGGGUAUUUCUUACCUUGAUGAUUUUUCUAAAGAAGAGGAUUCGCCUUUUUAUGUAGGCAUUCUGCACACCAUAGCAAUGAUUGGCCCGAUGGCUGGAUUCCUCUUGGGGUCUCUGGUUGCCAGACUGUAUGUGGACAUUGGCUUUGUGGAUUUAGGUACAGUUAAUAUAACCCCGACUGAUUCCCGCUGGGUUGGUGCCUGGUGGCUCGGCUUUAUAGUGUCCGGAUUCAUCCAUCUGCUUUCCGGCAUCCCCUUCUGCUUUUUGCCUAAAAGUCUGAAUGUGGAAGAGGAGCCCAGGCUUAUGCAAAAGCCCCCGGAGGCUGUGCAGCUGAAUGGUGAUGGGUGUCAGAUACCCAAGUCUGAAACUCAGGAAGGUGCGAAAUGGACAUCCGGUUUGAAAGAUUUCUUCAAGUCCCUGAAAAGAGUGCUGUCCAACCGAAUGUACACCCUACUGCUGUUUAUUUCACUGCUGCAGUUCAGUAGUUUCAUUGGUUACCUGACAUAUAAUCCAAAAUACAUGGAGCAGCAGUACGGUCAGUCGGCCUCCAGGUCUAACUUUAUCACAGGUGUGAUCAUCUUACCAGCGGUGUGCCUCGGUUUGCUCCUAGGAGGGUUCAUCAUGAAAAAAUACAAAUUAGGCAUACUUGGUGCUACAAAAAUGGCAUUUUUAACAUCCGGCAUUGCCUUCCUCAUCUCAGUUCUGUACAUAGUAAUGGACUGUGAGAAUCGCAAGGUGGCUGGAUUAACAGUGCCCUAUGAAGGACAACCAGUCCCACAGCACGCCAGUUCUUUAUCCUCUGCUUGCAACUCUGACUGCAACUGUGGUGCAAACCAGUGGGAUCCUGUCUGCGGAGAGGAUGGAAUCACUUAUGUGUCAGCCUGUUUUGCUGGAUGCAAAGACUUAAUGGGAUCUGGGAAAAAUACAGUUUUCCAUAAUUGUAGCUGCAUUGAAAAUGUGGGUUUCAUGAGGAGAAAUUUCUCAGCUGUUUUGGGAGAAUGUCCAAAAAGUGAUGAAUGUUCAAGGAAGUUUAUAUAUUUCAUAGCAAUAAAACUAAUAAGUUCCUUUUUCUAUGCGUUGGGAGGGACUCCUUUUUACAUGAUCAUGAUAAGAUGCGUCCAUGAAGAUCUGAAAUCACUUUCACUUGGUGUCUUUAUGCUUGUGGUGAGAACUCUGGCUGGAAUUCUAGCCCCGGCUUAUUUUGGCGCAGUAAUAGACAGGACCUGCUUGAAGUGGGCAAGAACUGGCUGUGGGAGCAGAGGAGCUUGCAGGCUAUAUGAUGCUACCGCAUACAGAUAUGCUUUUCUGGGUCUAGUUUUUGGCUUAAGAGGACCGUCCUAUCUGCUGGGAGUGUUGUUUUACUGGCUUGUGAAGAAACAUUUUGGCAGGAAAGAGGCUGCAGGCACCGGCAAUGAACAGAAAGAAGGCACCUUGAAUGAAGAUGCAAAGCCGAACGGGGCGUAUUCUGUGGCAGACGCUUCAGAGGCAGACAAAGAGACCUCCAUGUAG